CCCCCCGAGGGCUCUUGGAGUCUUGGACCAAGGCGGGAAAUGAGCUGCAGAUCUUGAUCCAUAGUUACUGUCUGUCUGAUCGAAACAGACGCAGAGAGAGCCCAGAGAGGGCAUUAUAUAACCGAGUACAUGAGACGCGGGUGGGGUUGCUGUUACAGACCAACUAACGUUGUCCCUCUUCCCUUUAUAUUAAGGAGCCAAAGGGGGGUCAACACGAGGUUUGAUUUUUCUCCUUAUUUUUUUAUUGUGUAUGGAAUGGUUAUUAGGGGGCAUCUUUUAUAUCCGCCUGGUUUCCAUGUCCAGACUUCAUUUCAGUGCCUGUGAGCCCGUGAGCUGUCAGGAAUGUCUGGGAUAAUUAAUACUGGUAAAUUCCUCGUCCCUUGAACUGUCAAUUAUAUUAUCGCUCUAGGGGGUUUGGACAGCGAGUAUGCAAGGAUGCAUGUGCUACUGAUCUCAUCCCCGCAAAACCAGAUCCAUCGCGGUAUGUUGAAGAAGAAGAUGAAGAAGAAGAAAAGAGAUUUAAAGAAUCCUCAGGACAAGAUGCCAUCGCAUCCAACCCAAGCGACAAAGAGAUCAUUAUUGCACGCCGACUUGCUCCCUUUAGCCACCAUUGCAUUGCCCACCAACCAACACCAACCAACACCGCCCAGCUGCAGUCUGCCGUCCGUCUGCUCGGUGUCUAAAUAUAGCACUCAUCUGGCCAGCCACGAUCCACCGGCUGAUUGGACUGGACUGGGUUGGUUAGUUACUUCCUUACAGCGUACUAGUGGGCAGCGGUGUAUGCCGUAGUUGUCGACUAAUAAUAAUAAUAAUAAUAAUAAUAA